AUGGGCGCUAGGAAGCUGGCCAUCGUCAACGUUGGGCUCAUCGGCUGUGCGCCCCAGAUCUUCGACUACAGGUACGGUUGCGACCAGAGCAUGAACGACCGUGCCGCCGCGUUCAACGCCGCCCUCAAGCCCGUCAUGUCUAGCCUUGCGUCAAAGAAGAAGGGCCUUUUCUACUCCAUCGGGGACUUUCAUAGCUUCACCACCACCGUCUUCGCCGACCCGUCAGCUUAUUGGAUGAUGAACACCCAGGACUCGUGUAGCUUCAAGGACCACCCAGAGAGGAUGUGCUCUCCCCAGGAAGAGUACUGGUUCUGGGAUUCAGAGUUCAUGACGGAUCAGGCAUGUAGGCUGACGGCCACUGCAUUUUACUAUGGACCGCCUCAGUUUACGGCCCCAAUGACCUUCAAGGCACUGCUGGAGAAAUAA